AUGUGUUCGGGGCCGUACACAUGCCACAAGGUUGCUACUCUUCUGCCUUACCUGGAGUCCACAGGUGCGGUGGAGUCUCGCAAAUGCCAUUUUAGGCUCUCGGAGUCUGUCUGGUCUUUGUCCUCAGCUGGAGGUGUCAACCCGUCUUUUGGAGACGGCCACCUGACAGGUGUGGGGAGGGAGUCCAGAGCUCAGACGCUGCAGAGAGCGAGACAGAACAUCAACAGUCUGGGUCACCAGCUGCAGAUGAACAAGCACUGUCUGGACACGGCCCUGAACUUCUACAAGAUGGCGCUCAUGAAACACCUGACCCGCGGCCGCAAGUCCUCCCACGUCAUCGCCGCGUGUCUCUACAUGGUGUGCCGCACCGAGGGAACGCCACACAUGCUGCUGGAUCUCAGUGAUCUCCUGCAGGUGAACGUCUACGUACUGGGAAGAACCUUCCUGGUGUUGGCCAGAGAACUGUGCAUCAACGCCCCGGCUAUAGACCCGUGCCUGUACAUUCCCCGCUUCGCUCAGCUGCUGGAAUUUGGGGAGAAGAACCAUGAAGUCUCCAUGACAGCAAUGAGACUGGUGCAGAGGAUGAAGAGGGACUGGAUGCACACAGGACGAAGGCCGUCGGGACUCUGCGGAGCAGCUCUUCUUGUUGCUGCACGUAUGCACGACUUUCGCCGCACCAUCAAAGAAAUCGUCAGUGUUGUAAAAGUGUGCGAAACCACGCUACGGAAAAGACUGACAGAGUUUGAGGACACACCGACCAGUCAGCUGACCAUCGAAGAGUUCAUGAAGGUUGAUCUGGACCAAGAGUGUGACCCGCCCUGCUUUACAGCCGGACUGAGGAAGAAAAAAGCCAAUCAGCUGGAGAUCGAGCUGAAGAAAAAGAUGGAUGACGUCGAAGAUGAAAUUCAAGGCUACCAGGAUGAAAUAGACGCAGAGCUCGAGAGCAGUCGACCCAAACUGAGAGGAGUGUACGCCGCCUACGCUAAAGAAGCCCCUCUCCCAGACGGUGAAAGUGACAAUGGUGACGUCCUCUCCCCAUCGUCUCCAAAGAAGGACUGUGAGGAACCAGAAGAGGAAGACGUGCUUCAGGCCGUGGCCAAGCACUUUGGCAAAGAACUCGGCGAGCUCACGCUGGAGGCUCUGAUAAAACUGGAGCAGAAGACACCAGAGGGAGGAGAGGAGGACCAGGAGCAGGAGGACGGUAUCCCAAAGCGAAAAGGCCCGUCGCUGGAGUCCAUCCUGGGCACGAUGCCCACAGCAGCCACCCUCGGCCUCCCCGAGUCCAUCGGCACCUGCAUUGGAGAGGAGAAGGAGAACGAUGGUGCUGCUGACAGCGGGGAGCUGGACCUGAGUGGGAUAGAUGACAGCGAGAUAGAGCUGUAUCUGCUGAGUGACAAAGAAAUCAAAGUGAAGACGGCGCUGUGGAUGGCAGAAAACUCCGACUACCUCAAAGAGCAGAAAGAGAAGGAAGCAAAGAUAGCGAAGGAGAAGGAGCUCGGGAUCUACAAAGAAAAGAAGCCCAGAGGACCCUCCAAGAAGCGCCCGCCGAUCCGAGCCAGCACCGCAGACGAGGCCAUCGAGAAGAUGCUGGAGCAGAAAAAGAUCUCCACCAAGAUCAACUACGACGUCCUGAAGGACCUCAACAUCAAGCCCGGCGCCAGCCCGGCUCGCAAGGUCGAGUCUCCGAAGAGGGAGCCGUCUUCUGCCACCAAACUGACCGGACGCAACCGCAAUCCUGCUCGAGCUCCACUCAGCCUCAGCACGCCGCUCAGCACCCUGGGAAAAAGGUUGCAGCCGUUCAUCACCGGACAGCCCAGCAAGAAGCUCGCCGUGGAGCAGAUUGCCAACUCCAACCCCCUGCCGCUGCCCGUGGGAGCCCCCGCCAGCGGAGUGGUGGUAGAGAGCGGGCCGGUCGUCUACGAUGAUGCUGCUGCUGAAGAGGAAGAUGAGGAGGAAGAGGAGGCUUGUGUCAGCGCCUUGGAGCUGCUGGGCAGCAACGAUUAUGGCAGUGAUUACGGCGAUUACGACGACUGAUCCAAGCUGUGCUCUUCCCUGGGCUAUCAAACCCAACUAGUACGGACAAUUUUGAACCCUUAAGUGUAUCAAAUGUUUACUACCUGGGACACAAAAUGGCUGCAACUACAGACAGGAGCUGCGAAGCCAAGAGGAAGGAGGAAUUCCCAUCAGGAACAAACGGGUCGUGUGUACGAGGAAAUAAAAGCUGGAAAAGUCACACUCCGUGUCCCAUUUGGCAUCCCAACUGGAGUGAACAGGGAGGACGUGCUGCGUGGAUGCUGACAGAGAGGGUGAAGUGGAAAUGAGGGAUACAGGUGUAGUUAUCAGUGUGGGUCACAGGCCCUCUGAAGUGGUGAUACUGUUUGUUGAUUUGCAGGACACGUAGGUUAAAACUGGGGUUAACUUUGAGACAGCUAGGUUCCAUAUAUCUGGCGUUUCAACAGCAUUUUAAUGACAGUGAAAUAUAGUCAUUUAAAUGCUGCUGAAUCAGUAGUUACAGUUAUGUAGAUGAAAACAUAGUGUAACUAAAUCUAGCCUGGUGUUAAGCUAGGUGUCUUUUGUCCUGCCCAGUACCAAAUCAGUGUUUACUGUGAAGCACUCAUCAGGAUGAUUUUUAACAUUUUAACAACCGUGUCGCCUCUGGAUCAAAACUCCUCCACUGUGAUUUAGUCGAGGUGUAAUGUAGCAAAAAGAAAAGCCGAACAAAAUGCAAAACGUAUUAUGCUUGAACUUCCACUUUGCAUUCGAGUGUGUGACAGUAUGUGACUCUCUCAAGUACUUCUUACAACUAAUUCUGUCUUAAAACUCGUAUCCUAUCCUGUGUCUCAUGUACUUAAAAACAAGCAGUUAACAAUCAGGUAGUGUGAGAUCGACCAUCGUUAUUUGGUUGAUCAAUAUCUAUUAAUGCCUUAGGUUAUUGGUGGACGGACACAUGCUGUCUGCUCUGCCUGAAUCAAAGUAUUACAAUGAUGUUGCCUUUGAACGAUUGGAGCAAUCCCAGGUUAUUUCCCAAUGUUUGCUGAGAUAAGAAUGUUACUUUGUAAAGGAAUUAGACGGUUUGAUUUGUUUUUAGGUCGCUUUGAAUUUGGUUUGGGCAUUUCUUAAUUGUGUCUUGAUGAAAUUGAUUCUCUAUGAUUAAUUUAUGAGAUUGUGUCCUUUGUUUUAUGUUAAAUAUUCUUCACGACGGUCCUGUCGUGGGCCACAGAGGCGUUUAAAGCCGGGGUGUAAAUACAUUCUCUGCAAUAUUAUAUUUUCCAAAUGAGUGAGGGAUCAGAGAAUAGAUCUAUUUUGUAUUUAAGCUUUUAUGAUUUUUGUGUUUGAGAAAUGAUACUUGGGAGGUGGAGUGCAUUGUGGCCUUUUCACUGUGUCCACACAACAGUAUUUAAUGAGGCGUCUUGGUUUACCUGGACUGCCUCUGAGUUGCUGCUACAAGUCACGAUGUUACAUCUGUGUAUUGUUGUGUGCAUUUGCUGCUACAGUAAAGAUUUCACUAAAUGUGAAAAAAGUU